UUCUCUCUCGUCACCGUUUCUUUUUCUCUCAUUAAAACCCUAACUCCACAGUCGGUUACUUUCUCUCUCCUCCCCCCAUAUCUCUCUCUCUCUAAAACGUACAUUAUUUAAUGUAUCUAUAGCUGCAUUUUCCUUUUCCGGUUGUUUUAUAUACGUUUAUUUUUUUUACGCUGUUCGAUUGACGGUUACAGACUCGUCUCUGGGGGAUUGCGAAGCUCGAAUUCAGUUGUCGGUGGGUUGAUUCCCAUUCGUUUCCAACUGUUACGGCGGAGAUACUGGCCGUAAGUGAAGUGGCUGAUGGGAGCUAGAUUGGUUGGUGCAUUGGCAAGGAAGUCAUGGUCCACGUCAAGAAGGAAAUAUGUACACCAGAGUCAGCAAAAGAAGUCACAUUUGUUUCAUAUUCCUCGUUUUCCGAGAGCAGUUCUGACAUUGUCACUCCAAGAUGUUCCUCUGAUUCUGGUUUAAGUGUUCACAGACGUACUGGUCCUGCUAGACGUUCAUCACAAGCUGGAUGGACAAUUGAAGAGGAUAAGCUGCUCACUGAAUUGGUACAGCGGUUCAAUGGGAGGAAUUGGAAAAAAAUAGCUGAAUACAUGUCCGAAAGGACAGAUGUCCAGUGUUUGCAUCGUUGGCAAAAAGUUCUGGAUCCAGGCCUGGUCAAAAGCCCUUGGACAAAAGAGGAGGAUGAUCGUAUUACUGAGUUAGUUGCGGAGUUUGGUUCUAAGAAAUGGGCAGCUAUUGCAAAGUUUUUACCUGGUCGAAUUGGCAAGCAGUGCCGAGAAAGGUGGCAUAAUCACCUGGAUCCAGCAAUUAGAAAAGAUCCAUGGACUAAAGAGGAGGAAGCAAUUCUAACUCACUACCAUCAAGUUCUUGGUAAUAAAUGGGCAGAAAUUGCAAAGUAUCUACCCGGAAGGACUGACAAUGCUAUAAAAAACCACUGGCAUUGCUCGGUGAAGAAGAGACCUGAUUUAAAUUUGCCUCGUGUCUCUGCGCCAGAAUUGCAAGGAAAUACAUCUGUUCAUAUCUGCAAAGCUGAAGAAAAAGUGCAACCCAAACGCUCGGCCCAGAAAAGGGUCCCUCAGAACACCGGUGGUACCUGUUCAACAAACUUUGCCAAUUUUUUUGGGGAAAAUUUCGAGACAAAACCCGUUUUCUUGGGUAUUGGCAGAUCAUCUGAGGGAGUGAGGAAUCUAAUCGAGCACCCAAAUCAAAAUCAGUGUGACAGAUCUUCUCUCAUUACAAGUCACAGUUAUACCAAACCAAAAACCAACUCAUUGAAUAAUACCAUGGAUCCUUGCUUUUACGUCAAAACAGGUCAUGCUAAUCUUGAUGUUCCUCCAAUUACACAUGCAAGAACAUUGGAUUCUCCUAAUAGGUCUAGGUAUAAUCCAUGUGGAAACGACGACAUGUCUGAUUGCUCACCUAUCGGCACCCUUUUGAGUUUGUCACUGUGUGGAUCUACUGACGAGAGUCAACGAGCAGGGAAAAGAUUAAAAUUUUAUGAGCCAUCCCAGUUAACUCCGUUAGAUGUUAAAAAUGUCAACAAAAACAACGAGCUUGCUAAUUCCUAUCCCAGUAGUAACCUGUCAUUGAGUAUCUCUAGUAAUGAUUGUAGCCCCGAACUUAUGCUGAAGACUUCGGCUAUGAGUUACAGAAAUACGCCUUCAAUCAUAAGAAAGAAAUUUGUUACAGAAGCUGAACAGGCGAUUGACUUUAGUAGCCUCAGCACGCCUCCAUCUGUUAUUUCACUUCAGCGUGCUUCUGGCGGUGAAGAUGUGAAUGCUUUAAGCUUGAUGAGUGAGAAAAGUUGCUUGCAUUCGAAGCUCACGUCGUCUAUUAGUGGACAACCUCUGGAAAGACGUCUGGAAUAUGCGUUUGAUUUGGAGUGGGAUUCAGCCACUGGUAGACGUUGUACUCCUGGCUCUAAAAGUGGUGCUAAAUUUGAUGCCAAGAUGAUGUUGACUCCAUGAAGAAGUUUGGUGUCGUACAAACUAUCAUUAUAGAGCAGAUAGACCAUCUUGCAUGCGCAAUAAUAAAGGUACGUCGUAUCAUUUCUUUUAUUACUUGCGUGAAAAAAAUAAUCGAGCUGCAGACAUUUUCAAGAAUUCGUUAUUUUAUUGUCACACGACAAGAAACUAUACAGAUAUUUUGUUUUUGUUAGAACAAAACUCUUGUUUUAUAUUGUGACAUAACUCGUGUUUAUAACCUUUUUUCAGCUAUAUAUAUAUCAAAGGAGGCGAUGAACAUAAUAAGAGUCGAGACUUGGUGCCGUAUACAUGAAUUUUGAAGUGUUUCAUACGAGAGCAUUUCUCUAAAUAAUUCCUGAAUGCGUAAGAUUCCAGGAGGGUGAUCUAAUGACUGUAUACAGGUUGCUUGUAAUUAAACAACAAUAAGAACAUCUAGUCAUUAUUAUAAUAGUCAAAAUAAUCUUUCGUGGGUUUUCGAUAAUUAAACUUGACAUUUUUUAUGCCAAAUGUUUGAAUGCUGUUUAAUUUGCUUAUAUGUUUG